AACCACAAGACAAGAGCCGGUGCACCGUUUAGUAGCGGCGGCGGCAGCAAGCCAUUGCAGAGGCAUCCCGCUUCAUUCAUCUUCUCGUCCCUGCCCUCCACGAUUUGGGUGGCGUUUCUUCAUUUUUUUUAUUUUUUUUAAAAAAAAAACUCUUGGGUUUUGCCCUUCCGGUCCGAGGUCGAAGGGAGAUCGGGGGCUUCGUGGACGCGAGAGGCCUUUCUAUGUGCGGAAGAAGAAGAAGCUGAUGACACCACUGCAUGGAUGAUUUUACAUAAUUUACACAUCCUAGAUUUGCAAAAAGCAAUUAUCAUUGUGAAGUAUUUACACUGAUUUAUGGGGAGAAGGAAGCCUGGGAAAGGGAUGCUGAUGUUAUCAACACAGUGGAUUAAGCACACAUUUGCACCUUUAUUGACAUAUAAUUUAUCCAUGCCAAGAAUGCAAUGAGCAAAAGAAUGCUGCUGGAGCAAUGAGGAAGAUGCUACUGGAGCAAUGAUGUGUCACAGGCUAUUAGAUAUGGAUUCCGUCUGGCCAUUCCCCUAUAAAGCACAUCAAUGGAAUUCUACAUCUGAGCUGAAGUAGAAGAUAACAACAUGUACAAUGUUUGUCUGUUGAGACAAUUAGAAGUGAUGGCACACCAGAAUUCUGAAAGGAUUAUAAAAAACAAGGAAGAGAAUUGAAAAUUAUAUAUUUUUUAAAUUUCCCAUUAAUAUUUUCUUACUUAUACUGUGGAUUUUGAAGAAAACGGAUUUCAGGAGACCCAAGGAAUUUUAUUACUGGGAAAUGGAAUCUGGAUUGGAAUCUAGCCAGCACAAAAAACAAAAGCCUGUGACCCAUGGACUGGAAGAUCAAAAAAGAAUUUAUACAGAUUGGGCCAAUCAUUAUCUAGCAAAAUCUGGCCAUAAACGUUUGAUAAAAGAUCUGCAGCAAGAUGUGACCGAUGGAGUUUUACUGGCUGAAAUCAUCCAGGUGGUAGCAAAUGAGAAGAUUGAAGACAUCAAUGGCUGUCCAAAGAACAGAUCUCAAAUGAUUGAAAACAUAGAUGUGUGCCUGAGUUUUCUGGCUGCUAAAGGAAUAAACAUACAGGGACUAUCUGCAGAAGAGAUCAGGAAUGGGAAUUUAAAGGCUAUCCUGGGCCUCUUCUUCAGCCUAUCGCGUUAUAAGCAGCAGCAACAGCAGUCCCCAAAGCAACAUUCAGACCACUCUCCAUCCCAGCAACCACCCACCUCAUCCCAGCAAGCAAGCUCUCCGUCCCCCAGCCAGGUGGGACUACCUGACCAGCAGUUACAACCACAACCACUGGUGCCAGCUUCGCCUCAGACUCAGUGCCAACAUCCCCAGCAAGCAGCACAGCUUCAGUUAAAAGCACAACCAGAAAUGCAGUCCAGUGCAUCACCCAGGGACUCAUCUCAAAGCAAAAUCAUCCGAUUCACUCUCGGUCAGAAAAAGAAUUCUAGGCUUCCAGGUCCUACCACGAGGGUUUCAGCUGCAGGCAGCGAAAUAAAAACCCGUGGCCCAGCAAGUGCUAACAAUCGGCGCAGCCAGAGCUUUAACAACUAUGAUAAAUCCAAGCCCACAAGCCCACCUUCCCUUCUGGCAAGUAGCAGUGAGAAAGAACCAGCAGACAGUUUAGAUCCCCAACCCACAGGAAUGAAUGAAAAUGCAACCUCUUUGGUUCAAAGCAGCAGUAGCAACAAUGCAGCCAGUUGCAAUAAUUCUUCAGCCAUCCCCCAGCCCAAUUCUGCAGUUAAACCUUGGCGCAGCAAAUCUUUAAGUGCUAAGCACACAACCACAACAUCCACAUUAACUGUAAAACAGCAGGUUCAGGAGCCUCCCAAACCCGUCCCAGAGAUGGUCAAAACUACUCCCAAUGGUCAGAAAUCAAUGCUGGAGAAGUUGAAACUAUUCAAUACAAAAGGGGGUUCCAAAGCAGUAGGGUCAUCUCUUGAAUGUCCGGGGUCUCGGGACACUAGUUGUGAAAGAUUAGAGGGCCUCUCAAACUUUGAUGAAAGUGAGGAGAUGGAGGCUGCAAAUCGGAACUUAAACACCACAGGACCCACAUCAAAUAGUCCCAAAAUUGCACUUAAGGGAAUUGCACAACGGACAUUUAGUCGGGCUCUGACCAAUAAAAAGAGUUCCCCAAAGGGCAAUGAAAAAGAAAAAGAGAAACAGAAAGAAAAAGAAAAGGAGAAGGAAAAAGAAAAAGAAAAGGAAAAGGAGAAAGAAAAGGAAAAAAACAAAGAUGUGGCCAAGAGAACAUCUGUGAUAGAAAAAGCUGAUAUGAAAGAAGAGCUGAAAGAAGAACAGGUUCCUCCUGCUGUAAACGAAAUGCCAAAAAAAUCCUCCAAGAUUGCAAGCUUUAUCCCAAAAGGAGGAAAGCUCAACAGUGCCAAGAAAGAAACAGCUGCCCCUUCACAUAGUGGAAUACCAAAACCAGGGAUGAAAAACACCACAGGGAAAUCCUCAAGUGCCCCAAGUUGUUCUGCCAAGGAAGGUGAAAGAAGCCGAAGCGCAAAGCCAGCUUCCAGCCUCUCUCAUCCAAAAGCACAGCUAGAUUGCAAGAAUUCAAGUUCUACGUCAAGUUUAGCCUCCACUGAUGGGAGAGGAAUGGGAGGUUGGUCAGCUUUAAGUUCCAGCAGCAGCAGCCAUGCUGUCAAUGGGCCAACUAAUAGUACCACCCAGACAACAGGAAGCAAUACUGUGAGUGUUCAGCUACCUCAUCCGCAACAGCAAUACAGCCAUCCAAAUACCGCCACAGUAGCUCCGUUCAUGUACAGAUCUCAGACAGACAAUGAGGGAAACAUAACAGCAGAGUCCAGUACUGGAGGAGGAAGCACAAACAUGGAAUCUGCUCCCUGCACAAAAACUGGACAACCUAUUUUAGAAGAUCUUUCUGCAGAAGAUCCAGAAACGCGCAGGUUACGAACUGUCAAGAAUAUAGCUGACCUUCGGCAAAACCUAGAAGAGACCAUGUCUAGUUUACGAGGAACUCAGGUGUCCCAUAGCACCCUGGAGACCACCUUUGAUACCAAUGUCACCACUGAAAUAAGCGGACGCAGCAUCCUCAGUUUGACUGGUAGGCCCACACCCUUAUCUUGGAGACUUGGGCAGUCCAGUCCCCGCCUCCAGGCAGGUGAUGCUCCAUCAGUGGGUAAUGGGUAUCCUCCAAGAGCCAAUGCCAGCCGAUUCAUCAAUGCAGAACCAGGACGUUACAUGUAUUCAGCACCAUUGAGAAGACAGCCAACAUCUCGGGACAAUAAUGUUUGCCACAUGGAUAUCACAGAAAAAGGAGGUGAUGAAGUAGAUCUUGAAGGAAUCAACCUGGAUGCUACAGGUUAUAUGAGUGAUGGAGAUGUCCUUGGGAAAAAUAUAAGAACUGAUGAUGUUACAAGCGGGUACAUGACUGAUGGUGGAUUGGGCCUUUAUACACGAAGAUUAAACAGACUUCCUGAUGGGAUGGCUGCUGUGAGGGAAACUUUACAACGCAACACCUCACUGGGUCUCGGUGAUGCAGACAGAUUCAUUUCUGUUUUCCAACAGACCGACACUGAAAAGCAUUUCCAAGUGGAGCGGAAUUCCUUGUGGUCUGGUGAUGAAAUAAAAAAAUCAGAUGGAGGCUCAGACAGUGGUGUAAAAAUGGAGCCUGGAUCUAAAUGGAGAAGGAAUCCCUCUGAUGUGUCUGAUGAAUCCGAUAAAAGCACUUCUGGAAGGAAGAACAUCGUCAUUUCACAGACAGGAUCCUGGAGACGGGGCAUGUCGGCUCAAGUUGGUAUUACCACGCCGAGGAUGAAAACGGCAGCCACCUCAGGAACUUUGAAGACACCUGGAACAGGGAAAACCGAUGAUGCCAAGGUUUCAGAAAAGGGCAGAGUUUCUCCCAAAUCUGGAAACAUUAAACGUUCCCCUUCAGAUGCUGGGAGGAGCAGUGGGGAUGAAUCAAAAAAGCCUUCCGCCAAUAACUGUAGAACGGCUACGACUAAUACAAACAUGUUUGGAUUUAAAAAGCAGAGUGGGUCAGCUGUAGGUGUGACCAUGAUUACAGCUAGUGGAGCAACUAUUACUAGUAGAGCUGCUACUCUGGGCAAAAUACCCAAGUCAUCUGGACUCAUCGGAAGAUCUACUGGCCGGAAGACUAGUGUUGAUGGUUCACAAAAUCAGGAUGACGGCUAUUUAGCCAUUUCUACCCGAACCAAUCUUCAGUAUCGGAGUCUACCCCGCCCCAGCAAAUCCAGCAGCAGAAGUGGAGCUGGCAAUAGAUCUAGCACCAGCAGCAUAGACUCCAACAUAAGCAGCAAGUCUGCAGGUUUGCCUGUUCCUAAAAUAAGAGAACCAACAAAAGUUGCCCUUGGGAGCUCUCUGCCAGGAUUAAUAAAUCAGACUGAUAAAGAGAAAGGGAUAUCCUCAGAUAAUGAAAGUGUGGUCUCUUGUAACUCUGUUAAAGCAAAUCCAUCACCUCAGACAAUGUCCAGUGCAUCCCAGAAUACUCACCAGCAAGGAGUAAAGUACCCAGAUGUGGCCUCUCCUACACUGCGCAGACUUUUUGGUGGAAAGCCAAAUAAACAACCUCCCAUAACAACAGCAGAAAGCAUGAAAAAUUCAGUAGUCAUCUCCAACCCACAUGCAACCAUGAACCAACAAGGAAAUCCAGAAUCUCCUUCUGGCAGCGGCAUAUUGAGCAGUGGUGGUAGUAGCCCUCUUUAUUGUAAAAAUACAGACACAAAUCAAUCUCCAUUGGCAUCUAGUCCCAGUUCAGCUCACUCGGCUCCCUCCAACAGCUUGACCUGGGGUACUAACCCCAGUAGUUCUUCUGUUGUCAGCAAGGAUGGGAUUGGAUACCAGUCUGUCAGCAGCCUGCACACCAGUUGUGAAUCCAUUGAUAUUUCUCUCAGCAGUGGAAGUGGGCUGAACCACAAUUCUUCCAGUGGCUUGAUUGCAGCUCCUAAGGAUGACUCAGUGCCUCCCUUUGUUAGAACUAACAGCGUUAAGACAAACUUGUCAGAAAGCCCUCUCUCUUCCCCUGCUGCUAGUCCCAAAUUCUGCAGAAAUACUUUACCCAGGAGGCAGGACAGCGACCCACAUCUUGAUAGGAACACUUUGCCUAAGAAAGGACUCAGGUAUACACCAUCAUCACAACUUCGCAAUCAAGAGGAUGCAAAAGAAUGGCUGCGUUCACAUUCUGCUGGAGGUCUUCAGGACACUGUUGUCAAUUCUCCAUUUUCUUCUGGUUCCAGCAUCACAUCACCAUCUGGGACUAGAUUUAACUUCUCCCAGCUUGCGAGUCCCACCACAGCAGCCCAAAUGAGCUUAUCCAACCCAACCAUGCUCCGGACGCACAGUCUUUCUAACGCAGAUGGCCCUUACGAUCCUUACAAUGAGUCCCGGUUCCGGAACAGCUCAAUGUCACUGGAUGAAAAGAGCAGGACAAUGAGCCGUUCUGGGUCAUUCCGGGAUGGAUUUGAAGAGGUGCAUGGUUCAUCUCUAUCUUUGGUGUCAAGCACAUCAUCUAUUUACUCAACGCCCGAAGAAAAAUGUCAGUCAGAGAUUCGCAAGCUAAGGAGGGAGUUGGAUGCAUCGCAAGAGAAAGUUUCAGCUCUGACAACUCAGCUGACUGCCAACGCUCACCUCGUGGCAGCAUUCGAGCAGAGCCUAGGAAACAUGACUAUUAGAUUGCAAAGUCUUACCAUGACUGCAGAACAGAAGGAUUCUGAAUUGAAUGAGUUAAGGAAAACAAUUGAAUUACUGAAAAAACAAAAUGCUGCUGCUCAGGCUGCCAUUAAUGGAGUAAUUAACACACCUGAGCUCACCUGCAAAGGAAGUGGUGGAACUGCCCAGACUACUGACUUGAGGAUCAGAAGACAACACUCUUCAGACAGCGUCUCUAGCAUUAACAGUGCUACUAGUCAUUCCAGUGUGGGGAGCAAUAUAGAAUGUGACUCAAAGAAAAAGAAGAGAAAAAACUGGGUCAAUGAGUUACGCAGUUCUUUCAAGCAAGCUUUUGGGAAAAAGAAGUCCCCCAAAUCGGCAUCUUCUCAUUCUGACAUUGAGGAGAUGACAGAUUACUCAUUGCCUUCUUCGCCAAAAUUACCACACAAUGGUACAGUGGUAUCUACUCCAUUACUCAGAACUUCACAUUCCAAUUCCCUAAUUUCAGAAUGCAUUGACAGUGAAGCUGAAACAGUUAUGCAGCUGCGGAAUGAGCUGAGAGACAAGGAGAUGAAGUUGACUGAUAUCCGUUUAGAGGCCCUCAGCUCUGCUCAUCAACUGGAUCAGCUCCGAGAAGCUAUGAACAGGAUGCAGAGUGAGAUUGAGAAAUUGAAAGCUGAAAAUGACCAAUUGAAAUCUGAAAACCAAGGCACCUGUAGCAGGGUCCAAUCUCAAGUUUUCCCUUCCUCAUCUCCAAGGCAGUCGAUGGGUCUCUCACAACACAGUCUUAACCUCACAGAGUCAGCAAGCCUUGAUAUGAUGCUUGAUGACCCCAGUGAUGGUUCUUCUCGGAAAGAAGGUGGCAGGCAUGUUAAAAUAGUUGUCAACUUUCAGGAGGAAGAGAAAUGGAAAGAAGAUUCUAGGCCUCGUUUAUUCCUUAUUGGCUGCAUAGGAGUCAGUGGAAAAACCAAAUGGGAUGUUCUUGAUGGCGUUGUUAGAAGACUAUUUAAGGAAUACAUCAUUCAUGUUGAUCCUGUGAGUCAACUUGGGCUAAAUUCGGACAGUGUCCUGGGGUACAGCAUUGGGGAAAUUGUUCGCACAAAUAGCACAGAAACACCUGAGCUGCUACCCUGUGGCUAUCUGGUUGGUGAAAACAACACCAUCUCUGUGAAAAUCAAAGGUAUUGUAGAGAAUAGUUUGGAUGGUCUGGUGUUUGAGUCUCUAAUCCCAAAGCCAAUUCUACAACGUUACGUGUCACUCCUGAUAGAACAUCGGAGAAUCAUUUUAUCUGGUCCAAGCGGCACUGGAAAAACAUACUUAGCCAAUCGUCUGUCUGAAUAUAUGGUGCUUAGAGAAGGCAGGGAAUUGACUGAUGGUGCUAUUGCAACCUUUAAUGUCGAUCACAAGUCCAGUAAGGAACUCCGGCAAUAUCUAUCCAACCUCGCAGACCAAUGUAGCAGUGAAAAUAAUGCAGUGGAGAUGCCUCUUGUAAUCAUCUUGGACAAUUUACAUCACGUCAGCUCUCUAGGAGAGAUCUUCAAUGGGCUUUUGAACUGCAAGUACCACAAAUGCCCUUACAUCAUUGGAACAAUGAACCAAGCAACUUCCUCAACACCUAACCUUCAGCUGCACCACAACUUUAGAUGGGUACUAUGUGCCAAUCACACUGAGCCAGUCAAGGGCUUUCUUGCCCGAUUCUUGAGAAGAAAACUCAUUGAAACAGAAAUUGGCGGCCGGAUGAGAAAUGCAGAAUUAAUUAAGAUUGUAGACUGGAUUCCCAAGGUUUGGCAACAUCUCAACAAGUUCUUGGAAGCUCACAGUUCUUCAGAUGUUACUAUUGGUCCACGCCUGUUUCUCUCUUGCCCUCUAGAUGUGGACGGGUCAAGGGUUUGGUUUACUGACCUAUGGAACUACUCCAUUGUUCCCUAUCUUCUUGAGGCUGUCAGAGAAGGGCUACAAUUGUACGGAAGAAGAGCACCAUGGGAGGACCCUGCCAAGUGGGUGAUGGACACUUAUCCCUGGGCAGCUACCCCGCAACAUCACGAGUGGCCUCCUUUGCUGCAACUGCGUCCAGAAGAUGUUGGAUUUGAUGGUUAUUCUAUGCCACGGGAAGGUUCAACCAGCAAACAGGUUCCACCAAGUGAUGCUGAAGGAGAUCCUCUGAUGAACAUGCUGAUGAGGUUGCAGGAGGCAGCUAAUUAUUCAAGUCCACAGAGUUAUGACAGUGACUCCAACAGCAAUAGCCAUCACGAUGAUAUCCUUGACUCGUCCCUGGAGUCAACAUUAUGAAUAGAACUAGACAUGAUUGCUUCCAGUGGUCCAUCCUUUGCCUCCCUUAGAAAAAAUGAAUCAUCAAGCCAUGGAGAGAACUGACCUUGGUUCAGAAGGACAUCUCAGUAUUAGAGCUGCAAGAACAAUACAAUCUCUUCCACCCUCUCUGCCUCCCCCAUUCAGUGUCAAAGAUGGGUGCAGGCAACCCAGCUGAUGUUUUAUAUCUUGUGUUUCGUUUCCCUUAAUAAGAACUGCACUAUUUUGUUUUUGUUUUGUUUUGUAGUUUACAUUGCUGUGAGUUCACAUGCCUACGACACUGAACACGUUAUUUUCAUAAAAACAACGGUGCUUAUCUAGUUGUGUCUGUCCAUUGACCAAACAACAUCUGCUUGUGAAGUGGAUUACCAUGAUCUCUGAUUUCCUAAACCUGCUCAAAUAUUUAGAGGGACAUCUGGAGUAAAUUUCGUUACAAGGGUGCAGGGGAGAUGAGCAGAGGAAAAUCUGAAGUGCAAGAGAAUUGUGUUUAAUUCACAUAAGAUUAAUCACAACAACCUCUGGGGAGAGUGAGUUGGAGGCAAUAAAUGAAGAGGAAAAAAAACAUUCACCAUGAAAAUUAUGAACCUAAGGAGCAUUGUGCCACCUUAGGUCCAAAAAGGGAAUGGAUCUCAGUUAUGCUGCUUCUGUACAAACUCAUCAAUGGCUGAUUUUUUCAAGUCAUUUUUUUUCCAGCCUAACCUCAAUAAUUCUGGUGCUGUAAUAAAUGCUCGCCUUGGUAAUAAUGACAUUCCGUAAAAGGCAAAGAGAUUAGAAAUAGGGAAGUUCAAAAUAUUCACACAUAUAUCACGCAAAACUUGUCUAAUUUGAGACCACGGUCCCUUGUUUUGGUUAUUUCAUUUGUUUAUAUCGUUCCAAGCAUUGGGCUCAGUCCCUUGAGCACACAUACAGUAUGUCAUCUUCAGGGUCGACAAGCUUGUACAUCUUCAUGUACAAGCAGUACAACCAACUCUGAAGUUGCCAGUGUUAAUUAAAGCAACAAUCAUGGACUGUUUUAUCCAUGAUCCAAAGUAUGGGAACAACACAUACAAGAAAAAAACCAAAACAAGCUGCUAGAAUUUAUUUUCAUAUUUGCUUCAGAAUUCUCACUGUUGAAGUGAGAAGUUUCUUCUUAAACCUGGAUAGCAACAUUUCUCUGCAACUAGAAGAUGUGCUUUGUAAAAAGUAAAAAAAAAAAAAAGUCUGUUUGUCUUUGGAUUCACAACAAUUCAGAGGAUACCAGCCUCAAAUACAUAACAUAUGGGAGUCAUUUCCUCAAAUCAUUUGUUCGGGUUUUGGGGUCAUUUCAUACCUAUACCAAAUGUUCAACAUAACUUGGAAAAGACAGUUGUCUGGAUUGAAAAGAUAAUUCCGUUCUUCUACUGUAUUGUACGUUUUCUUGCUUUUUUUAUCCCAAUAACCUCAUGUUCCAUUGCAAUCUGUUCCUGAAGUUCUAUUCCUCUAAAAUGGCGACCCCUCAAUCUUUUCAGCACCAGGGACCAGUUCUGUGGAUUGGAGGGGGUGUGAUUUCAUUGCUGCCUGCAUCCCAGGGAUAGGACUUUGCCUGUUUGCAUGGCCCGGUUUCUGCCAUGCCGCAACCUGAUGCUGGUCCACAGACCGGGUGUUGGGGACGCCUGCUAUAAAUAGCUUGCUGUGAGAUAUGGGGAAGCUUCCAUUUUAUUGACUAGUGUAAAGUCUCCGGGUUAAUGGUAUUCAGCUGUUCUAAUGAUUGGAAAUGGUAUCUGUUUUCACUUCCUUUCUGCACAAGGGGUACAUGAGGAUCACACCUAAUGGCUACCCACCUAGCAUGCGUAGUCGUCCUUGACCUCCCUCCCUAAUGUUUUUAUAUCAGAAAUUAUCUCUGGAGGUCCUUUUGUCAGCAAUAACACUGAAUGCAGAGGCAUUAGCAUGGAUCCAGGGAGAAGCGAUAACUUGGAGAAAGCAGCUAGGAAGCAUAUACAGCAUAUAUACUUGAAUGGAAAGUGUGGUGCCUCUUAAAUUUGGUAUUAUGCUUUUCUAAAACCACAACAUUAUAUUUUUCGAGGGGGUCACCCAGAAUCAAGGCAAUCUUUGCUUUUCCCUCUUCCGGGAGGAAAAAGAGAAACUCAAAUCUCCUUGCCUCACAACUUAUCUAAGGCCUGUGUAGGAAUCUGUUAUUAGAAAGAAUAACAUGCACGGUGCUGGAGGUGGAGCAGAAUAACACACCAAGAGGGGCUGCAGAUCCAUUGUAUCCUAAGCCCUCCAUGUUCCCAGGACCCCAAGUUAACCACCUCAAAUUGGCUGUCAGUUUACCUGCAGUUCAGGAACCAGUUUGGAUUUAUUUCCUUGUAUUGGUUUCAGUCAAACAGCUUUUAUAAAAUGGUGGUGGGGGAGCUGCCAGCAGGGGAGAAAGAGUAGGGAAAUGGUUCCUCUAAUUUGAGCACUCAGCAAGGCUGAAAACGGUGCCUUAGGUUCAAAUUUCAAAGCUCCCUGAAAAGGAGGACUCUUUUGCCAGUUCCUUAGGGUAGGGCAAGACAUUAGUAUUUCUUCAGAAUCAACUUGUGUGAAGAUAUAGAUAAAUAUCUUUGUGUCAGGGUCGUCACAUGUGAAUUUAUGGAUAAAUAAUUAACUUCAACCAUCUGUUGCAAAACUUGGUACUGAACAUUGGUGAAUCUCUCACAAUAAUAAAGAGCCACUUUUUUAGAAAAGAAAAGAAAAAUACUCAAUUUUACUUAACGAAGUCUUAAGUAAGGGAAAGUUAUUUCCAUAGGGGUUUUUUUGGAUUUUGGUUUUAAACCAAGAACCAAGCAGAGAACAUGACUCUGAGCCCUCCUUAUUUUCUUCAUCUCAGAAGAAAACUGGGGAGUGAGGUUAAAAAACCUGUUUGAUGCUUUUGCCAGACAGAGAGAAGGUUCACAAAAAUUUUGGACACCAACUGGUGUCAUUUAAAAAACAACACAAUAGCUGAUAUUAUCAGCUGUCUCAGGCUAUACCUCAAACUAGAACCGAGGUUCUCAACAACAACACACGCACAUACACACACACACACACAUGCAAGCCUUUUCAGCUACCUUUGGGUGCUGAUUUUUUUAAAAGUGAUGCCUUACCGAGUUUCUACAGUUGUAUUUUAAUUCCAUUAGUGUUGUAGUUUGUGAUUUUUAAAUAAUUAGACAAAACAGGGCUAUAGAAGUCAUCUCUUGGAGUACAAUGAUGUGCGUUGCUGUGGGUAUUGUUUGAAAUGAGAUAUUUGAUACCCCUGGUUCCUAAAAGUAUCAAAAAUCAAGGAAGAGAUGUAAAAAGAGGGAAACAGCUUUUUAAAGAUCUGUACAUCAACUUUUAAGCAACAUUUCAUUGGAUGUUGCUUAUUCAAUCCAGGCAAAAGCAAACCUUUUUUUUUUUUUUGUGGCACUGAAUGGCAUCACAACUAAAAGAUAAUUAUUUUUUGCUUUGUUUUUAAAAUAUGCAGGUAGUAUAUUUGCUACAGUUUAUAGGAUUUAUAAGAUUAAUACGAUGCAACAGACAUACAGUUUUGCUACCAUGACAAAUUUACUGAGCGGGUAGCUUUUCUUAUACCUCAUGAUUUUCUGCUCUUAAUGAACUCAACCCAUUGUCCUUUGGGUUUGUUGUGACCUUGCUAUAUUAUAUAUGUUUUUUCUUAGUAUAGCGAAAUAACAGUGGGCAUUAACUGUUGAAUCAAGGGAGAAUUCUUGAGUGUAUUUUUUUCCUUAACAAAAUAGAAACAAAGUAUAAUGCAAAUUCUAAUCUAAUGCCUGGAAAUGGACCAGAGUAAAUCAUAAUCCUAAAGUGAUCCAAUCAUUAUAUUAGGUCCAUCCAGCUCUUCAGCACCCUGCUUCCCUUCUGCUUUUUAAAGCAAAACUAUGAAAUGCAAAGUUCCAAAUGCUUGAUUAAAUAUUUCAGGAUUGCAGGAAUAUGAUUUUUGUUCAUAUGGAAAGCAUUGUCUUCUUAGCCUCUAAUUUGUAGAGUUGGCUUAGUCCAGAAUGAGCAUUCAAGCACAAGAGACAUAUAUAUUCUAAAAUGGUUUAUAAUCUGAGCUUCAUUUUCCUCCACUACUCAUUAGAUAAGAAAUUGCCAUCUAUGGAAAUGAUUGAUGCCACUGGAGGCAGAUGACUUGUGUCCAUUGCCUAAGAAGUCUCCAACCUUGGCAACUUUUAAGACUUGUGGACUUCAACUCCCAGAAUUCCCCAGCCAGCAAUGGGAAUUGAAGUCCACAAGUCUUAAAAGUUGCCGAAGGUUGGAGACUCCUGCCCUAAGGGAUAGCAGAAGAGUAAGGCAUUUCCUUAUUUGAUUUGCCAAGGGACAUAACAAGAUCGAGGUGGCCAUCAGCUUUCCAGCUGCUAUGCUUUCUGUAAGCAGCUGUCACACAUUGCAUAUAUAAGUUCUGUGGAGCAUCUCCUCAGGGUGUCAAUUUCCUGCUAGGAAAAGGGAUUUAUCUCUAUUUUUUUCCAGACAAAUCUGGGAGAGUUAAUAUAACAGGUUCCUUGUCUCUACAUCUAAGGUUAAGUGAAGCCUCUCAGGUGUUUUCAAUUACAAGUCAAUGAAAGACUGCCUGCAUGUCCAAUCAUCACACCAUGGGAGCUGUGAUGCAUCUGGAGGGCACCAAUAUGCCUAUUUGGCAAUUUUGUAUAUGGAAACACUCAGGAAGUCCAAUAAUCUGAUCCAAAAUGGCAACUGGCCUGUGGAAUAAGCAAACAAUCCAGUCACAUCAUUGGUAUGAUUGCCAGGAGAGUGAAUCAUAAAUCUGACUAUAUUGUAAUCUAUGGAAAAAAAUAUUUAGAAUUUGUUCUUACAUAUUUUUUCCUAGUUCCCGCUGCAAGCGGUUGCCAUAGAAAUGCAAUGUGUGGAUGUUUAUUCUUUGACUACGUGACUCCCUGUAAAUUUACUGAACAUAUACAAAAUGUCUUUUAUAAGAAAUGGUUGCAUAUUAAUCAGGGUUCCUUGUGCAUGAAUGCUUUGCUCUUUAAAAAAAAAACAUGGGAAUGAAAUGAUAGGAGAAAUGGCCUUGAGUUAAAGAUUUGCCUAUAUAUGGCUACCUCGAUUGGCACAAGAAAUGUUUGCUGGAAUUGUAAGGCUGACAAAAAUGCCAUCUAAGUUAUGACUCAGGUUGGCAGCUGAGAUGACUCAGAGCCUUGUUUAUUGACACCUUUAAUUGAGUCUUUCUGAAGUGUUGCCAGCUGUCCUGUUGCCAUAAAUAAAGAAGAAUUGGAACAUUUCUUGCUCUCUAAUAGAAAUUGCUGAGAUUACCGAGAAAUGAUUCACAUGGAAUCUUGCUUUAUUUUGUCAAGUUAUCACAAAUUGUAACUUCUAAAACUUCGGGAAGCAGGGUUGCCUGUUACGGACAUUUUUUUAAACUAGUUCAGUUGAGGUGAAUGUCUACCUUUUCCUUUUAAAAUGACAACAUAUAUUUCAUCCAGAUUGCUUCCAGCUUUGCAUUGUCACUACCCCACCCCUGUGUCCCAGUGCACAAAGCUGGCAGGAUUUCCUGUUUUAGUACAAGACUAUGCAACAUUCCCAAUGAGUUAGAAAUUGGAACUUUCUUUUCUCUUUGCUCCAGAACUGUCUAGGAUUGUGCAACUCAUAUGUCACAUGUUAGAUGCCAUUUUGAUUUUAAAUUGAUGCAGAGACAGGGAGGGUUUGGCUAGCCUCCUCUUUUUGGUAUAUUUUUCAAAAAAAAUUAAUCCAACCUAAAAUACUGUACUGUUAAUACUUUUUUUAAUAUAUUGUGUCUUGAAAUUUGUCUAAAUGUGGCAAUUCUCUUUUAAGGAAAAUGAACGGAAAAAAAAUGUGGCUAUUAAACGCAAGGUUGCUGUUUUGAUCUAGUUGUUUCCAGUGGAACCAUUUAUGAAAAAAAGUUCUCUAAGAUGUACAUUUUUUUUCAUUGUAACAUAGAAAUGUAAAUAAUUGAUUACAAGUGCUGCAUUUUGAUGAAUUUUUUCUAGCCAUUUUUAAAAGAGAAAAAACUAGGAAUUGGGUAUUUUGUGUACAGUAUGAUCCCUUUCCCGCACCUCUCUAUUUAAUUUUACAUUUUCAUUUAGGAUUGGGAUUUGCAACUGGCCUGUUUUGGAUCAUGCCAUCCUUUGGUUCCCUUUUCCUCCCCCUUCCCUCCUCCCCCUGUGUCAUGGAGCAUAAAGCUAAUGAUUGUACCGGUCUUAAAUUAUUCAUGAUUCAAUAAAUUUGAUGCUUAUUUAUUCAGA